AUGAGAGGCCUUGAUAGAAUUGAUAGACGCAUUAAGCCCUAUUUAGAAAAAGCCAAGUAUGAAACUUGGGCAAGAUCAUACACGCCAACAAAAAGAUACACCAUGAUGACAUCCAACAUCGCAGAAUCACUCAACGCUGCACUAAAAGCUGCAAGAAAUCUCCCCAUUCAUAUCUUGGUUGAAUGCCUUAGAAGUUUGGUUCAAAAGUGGGUUUGGAACAACUCAAAUAAUGCAAAUGGAACAUUCACAAAAGUCUCUACAGCAACAGAGAAUGAAUUGAGACAUGACAUUGUUUCAAAAAUGAAGUAUGAGGUCUUGCCUUUCAACACAAUAGAAUACCAAGUUCGUGAUCAAAAGGGGAUAAAUUUCACAGUAAAUAUACAUAAUAGAACAUUAGCUGUCAUUGCAAAGAGAAACUUGAGUGUGUAUGAUUAUUGUGCAAAAUUCUACAGAACAGAAACGUUGAAAGCAUUGUAUCAAGAAAAUGUUCAUCCUUUGCCCCAUAAAGAUGAAUGGAAUCUCCCACAACACUUGGACAUAACAAUGCUGCCUCCAAAUGCAACAAUCCCUGCAGGAAGACCAAGAAAGAAACAAAUAAGAUCAAGAGGGGAACAUAAAGUAAUAAUCACCUGUAGGAAAUGUGCACAACCAACACAUAACAGGAAGACUUGCAGGAAUCCUCCAUUUGAGAAGUCAAACAAACAGAAAAAGCCAAAGACAUAG